UGUCUGCUCCCAGGAGAGGACCGGAUUACAGAUCAGGAGAUCAUCUACAUGUGUCCGUUCAGCGGAGCCGUGAAAGGGAAGGUGUUGGUCACCAACUACAGACUCUACUUCAAGAGCUCCGACGCUGAAGCUCCAGUGGUGCUGGACGUUCCUCUGGGCGUCAUCAGCCGCGUGGAGAAGAUGGGCGGAGCCUCCAGUCGAGGAGAGAACUCUUACGGGUUGGACAUCACCUGCAAGGACAUGAGGAACCUGAGGUUCGCCCUGAAACAGGAGGGUCACAGCAGGAGAGGGAUCUUUGAGAUGCUCUUCAAAUACGCCUUCCCUCUGUCACAUGGCCUGCCUCUCUUUGCCUUCGUGAACCAGGAGAAGUACGCUGAGAACGGCUGGAUCGUCUACAAAGCCAUGGAGGAGUUCAGGCGGCAGGGUUUACCCAACAACAAGUGGCGCAUCACGUUCAUCAAUAAGAGCUACGAGCUGUGCGACACGUACCCCACCGUGCUGGCGGUGCCUUUUAAAUGCAAAGAGGAUGACCUGAGGAGAGUGGCUGCUUUCCGCUCCAGAGGACGCAUCCCGGUUCUGUCGUGGAUCCACAGGGAGAACCAGGCGGUCAUCGUUCGCUGCAGUCAGCCGCUGGUCGGUAUGUCAGGAAAAAGAAACAAAGACGACGAACGAUACCUGGACCUGAUCAGAGAGGCCAACGACACCACCAAGAAACUCACCAUCUACGACGCCCGGCCCAACGUCAACGCCGUCGCCAACAAGGCCACCGGGGGGGGCUAUGAGGGGGACGAGUACCUAAACGCAGAGCUGGUCUUUCUGGACAUCCACAACAUUCAUGUGAUGCGGGAGUCGCUGAAGAAGCUGAAGGACAUCGUCUACCCCAACGUGGAGGAAUCCCAUUGGCUGUCCAGCCUGGAGUCCACCCACUGGCUGGAGCACAUUAAGCUGGUGCUGUCAGGAGCCAUCCAGGUGGCCGACAAGGUGUCCAGUGGAAGCUCGGUUCUGGUGCACUGCAGCGACGGCUGGGACCGGACCGCUCAGCUCACCUCGCUGGCCAUGCUGAUGCUGGACAGCCACUACCGCACCCUGAGGGGCUUCCAGGUCCUGGUGGAGAAGGAGUGGAUCAGCUUCGGUCACAAAUUUGCAUCUAGGAUCGGCCACGGUGACAAAAACCACGCCGACCAGGACAGAUCGCCCAUUUUCGUUCAGUUCAUCGACUGCGUUUGGCAGAUGACCAGACAGUUUCCCACAGCCUUCGAGUUCAACGAGCAGCUGCUGCUAACCGUCCUGGAUCAUCUCUACAGCUGCCGCUUCGGGACCUUCCUCUAUAACUGUGAGAGCAUGCGGGACCAGCAGGAGCUGAGAGCAAAGACCGUGUCUCUGUGGUCUCUGGUCAACAGCAAGAUGGACCUUUACCUGAACCCCUUCUACACUCCAGAGUCUGGACAGGUUCUCUACCCGGUGGCCAGCAUGCGCCACCUAGAGCUGUGGGUGACCUACUACAUCCGCUGGAACCCCCGCAUCAGGCAGCAGCAGCAGAGUCCCGUGGAGCAGCGCUACAAGGAGCUUCUGGCCCUCAGAGAAGAAUACUUGAAGAAGCUGGAGCAGCUCCAGCUGUCAGACUCCUCCUCCUACCAGCUGGCGAACAGCUCCUCCCCCAACACCACGCCGUCCUCGGCCUCCACGCCGUCCCAGCAGUUCACGCACCUCCAGACGCCGCUCUAGAGGCCAGAGACGCGCUCCUCGCCCCGUCUGAUGGCGGCCUAACACAGAGCGCUGCUUCUUUUCAUUGGACCUGGUGAUUUAUGCAAUGGACGCCGUCUGGAAGCGCUCCAGAGGACGCCUCGUUUCCUGCAGGAUCCUCAAAGUCUUUUAUUUUGAUAGAAUUCAUCUGAAGCUUUUAAUCUCUUAGUUAUUAAUAAUAAUAAUAUAUGAUGGGAUGGAGGCGAUUUCUGGGGAAAAAGCAGGCGGACGCUUCUGAGACCCGUUGUCCACAAACUAAAGUGUUCCUGUCAGCUGGGGGCCGAUAUCUGGGGCCCCGGGCUGAUCUCAUCUCAUCGAUAUAUGGGGAGAAAUCAGUCCCAGAAUUAUUGAAAGAAAAGAACAAGUUUAAAGAAUGAAAAAUGGAGGAAAAUGAGUUUCAAAAACAGAAAAUAGAAAAACUCAAUGAAAAAAAAAGGUUUUCAGAUGAAAUCAUGUUUGAAAAAAGUUCAGCCAAUAUUUGUCCUUCUGCGGCCCUCGCUGCACUGACCAAUAGAAACGCUCAUUUCUA